AUGGAUUGUAUGAGUGGACGCAAGAGUUUGGAUGACCAUGUUGAACAUUUGAGAUGUGUCCUUGAGUCAUUAAGACGUGAGAAGCUGUAUGCUAAUCUUAAGAAGUGUAGCUUUUGGUUGGAUAGAGUUGUUUUUUUUGGUUUCAUUGUUAGUUCCAGGGGCGUAGAGGUCGAUGAAGAGAAGGUAAUGGCAAUCAAGAAUUGGCCUACACCUACCACUAUCGCUGAAGUGAGGAGUUUCCACGGCCUAGCGGGAUUCUAUCGAAGGUUCAUGCCGAACUUCAGUACCAUUGCUGCUUCUUUGACAGAAAUCAUCAAGAAGGAUGUUGGGUUCAAGUGGGGAGAAGAGCAAGAGAAGGCUUUCAAUGCAUUAAAAGAAAAGCUAAGUUCAGCUCCAUUGCUACUUAUACCAAAUUUCUCUAAACCUUUUGAAAUCGAAUGUGAUGCUUCUGGAAUUGGUGUAGGUGCUGUAUUUAUGCAAGACCGGAGGCCCAUUGCCAAUUUUAGUGAGAAGCUUAAAGGGGCUGCUCUGAACUACUUUACCUACGACAAGGAGUUAUAUGCGUUGGUGAGAGCAUUGGAGACGUGGCAGCAUGAUGCAAAUCGUGCGAUCAGGAACCCCAGGGGACGCUCCCCGCCGACGGACUCACGUCUGCCUCACGCGGCGAAACGUGUUCUCGAAGACUUGGAAAUCGUCGAGGGAUGCACCGCACCACCCCAACCAACAAUGUUCAGAAAGGACAAGUGUUAA